GGAAGCUCCUGAAAGUCCUGGUAAAUCUAUUUUUCUUCAUCAGAUAUGUGGCUUCUUCCAGCUAAUCAUAUUACGAAACGAUUACGUGUAAAACGUAAAUGCUCUUCGGUCCGGUUAGUCGUGUGUUGAUAUUAUUCAGACGCGCCAGUUUGAUGAAUGUUCUACAAGAAUUGUUAUAAUCGAUGAUUAUUACUAUAUUUGUCGGUAGGACUAGACAAUAUUGUUGAAGUUCCGUUUCAAGAAAAUGAAAGUGAACUUUGGAGACGUACCAGAGCCAGGGGACAGGUAUCAGCUGGGGGAGGUGUUAGGGACAGGAGAUUUCGGGAAAGUCUACCUAGCUACAGAUCAACAGGCAAACAGAAAGAAGGUUGCUGCGAAGAUUCAAAAGUACGAGGGAGAUGGAAAGGGGUUCAUAGGAGAGGAGUACGUGAUUCUAAGGGAUUUGAGUACGCACCUAAAUAUCGUGGACUUCUAUGGGGUAUACAAGAAAAGGAGUAACAUCUGGUUUAUAUUGGAGCCAUGCGAAUGUACUGCAAUAGACUUUGUUCUUGGCCUCCUAGCGAAGCACCGGAGAAUUUCCGAAGAUCAUAUAGCGUACAUCCUCAAAGAUGUUGUGAGGGCCUUGAUACAUCUACACGAAAAUAAAGUUAUCCACAGAGACGUAAAAGGAAGCAAUAUUCUCUUAACGAGAGAGGGUGAAGUUAAGCUCUGCGAUUUUGGCUUAUCUGUAAACCUGAGGAAACAAGAUGAAACAAUUACAGCAGUUUUGGGUUCUCCAUGUUGGAUGGCACCUGAACUUGUGAACGCCAGUCCAGACAAGAAAAAUGCUUGUUAUGAUAAUAGGGUUGAUUUAUGGGCAUUAGGAAUAACGGCAAUCGAGCUGGGAGAUAGUCAGGCACCUUUUCAGGAAAUGCACCCUAGUAGAGCAAUGUUCCAAAUAAUCAGAAAUCCCCCUCCAAUGCUGCAAAAAAUAUCUUACUGGUCUGAAAACUUCCAUGACUUCAUAAGCGAAUGUUUAACUAAAGAUUACGAAUAUCGGCCAUACAUGGCAGAAAUAAUAGAACAUCCAUUUUUGGCACAAGUUCCAGAGAAUAACUACCAUCUGUCUUUAGAACUGAAGACCCAGAUGAAAGACGUUAAGAUUGAUCCACGUAGAAGACCUCCAGAAGUCACUGUUAUCGACAAGAUGCUGAAGAGGGGCAUAAAAGAAGAACUUGAACCUAUGUACGAUGAAGACAUGGCUGCUCUGAAUAAUAUAAUGGAAAAUGAAGUAGUUGAUGUUCUCGAAAAGAGAUUUGAAUUAGGAGAACAGUACAGUUUUGUCGGUGAUAUUUUAUUAUCUUUGAAUCCUAAUUGCAGGAGAACUUUCUACGGCGAGGAGUACCAUCAUAAGUACCAAGCAAAAUCAAGAUCUGACAAUGCGCCUCAUAUCUACGCAGUAGCCGAUACUGCUUAUCAAAAUGCUAUGCAUCACAAUACUCCACAGCUUAUUUUGCUUUUUGGAGAAACCGGGUCUGGGAAAACCACAAACUACCUUGACUUGAUCGAUCACCUUUUUUACGUGGGUGAAAAUCAAAGUGUUGGUUCUCAAAGAAUUAAAAAUGCGAUACACCUGGUACAUUCUCUCAUACACGCUUCUACACCAUCAAACUUUUACUCUACCAGGGCUUUUUUAAAGACGGAAGUUUCGUAUGGUAAAUCCGGGAAACUGACAGGUGCAAACUUCAAAAUUCAUUGUCUUGAAAAGUGGAGAAUUUCUACGACAGAAAAUGUCCAGAGCAAUUUCCAUUUUCUAUAUUACGUUUACGAUGGCUUGGUUUCCAAAAAUAAAACUGAUAAAUAUAAACUAAGUCCAAAUAGGAGAUACCGUUAUUUGAGGACUCAUAGUGAAAAUACUGGCCAGCCUAGGGACGAUAUAGAAAGUAACGUUAUUAAAUAUAACCAAUUACUGGAAUAUCUUGACGAAUUAGAAUUUUCUGAAGAACAAGUUUCAACCAUACAUGCUAUUUUGGCAGCAAUUCUUCACCUAGGAGAGACUCGUUUUCAAGAAAACGAUGACUAUAUGGCAAUAUUGGAAGACCGAGACCCAGUGAACAAGCUUUCAAAAAUAUUGGAUAUAGACGAGUGCAAAAUGCGAUGGGCUUUAACAAACUACUGUGUAGUACGUAAAGGCAGCGUAAUAAAAAAAAGAAACACCUGUGAUGAGGCCCGAGAAGCUAGAGAUGUCUUAGCUAACACCUUGUAUGCCAGAAUGGUGGAUUAUAUUGUUAAUACGAUUAAUAGCAAACUUGAAAUCGGAAAGUCUAUUUUUGGCGCAAAAUACUUCGUGAAAAUUCUGGAUUACUUUGGUUUUGAAUGCUUCAAAAAUAACGGCAUCUCUCAACUUAUGGUGAAUAGUUUCAAUGAGCUGCUGCACUACCAUUUUUUACAAAGAACCUUUGCUUGGGAACUGGCUGAUUUGAAAACAGAGAAUAUUGAAUUUACACCUAUUAAAUACUAUAAUAACAAAAGUACGUUGAACGAAUUGCUUGAAAAACCUGAGGGUGUACUAUCUAUCAUCGACGAUGCUUCAAAGAAGGGACUGAGUAGCACAUAUAUUUCAGACAAUAUUUGUAACCAAGAAAAGCAGAAAGUCUUCAUAUACGAUGCAUCAAGUUUCACCAUAGCACAUUAUACAGGAAAAGUAACGUACAAUUGCAACGAAAUGGCUUCUAAGAAUAGAGAUUUUUUGCCUCCAGAAAUCAUAGAGACUAUGAGAAUGUCUGAAAAUCCUAUCAUCAGCAUGUUGUUUACGAAUAAGCUCGACAGAACGGGGAAUUUGAUAUUAUCGUUUGAAGAAUUUCGUAAAAAUAGAUAUAACUUUUCCUCGAAGUCAUCAAGUAGUCGCCAAUAUUCUCAAAUAAAAAAGAUGCGUACCCAAGCUACAAUCUUCAAGACCCUUUGCGUGGAGCUACUGAAAGAGCUGUCUGUAGGAAGUGGUUCUGGCAGUACCCAUUUUGUCAAGUGUAUCCGUACUGAUCUUCGCCGGACCCCAGGCAAGUUUAGGAAGGAGUUGGUUAGACAGCAAGUGAGAGCCAUGGUUAUUACUGAGGCUGCCAGGAUCAGAAAGGAAGGGUACUCGCAAAGGAUUGGAUUCCAAGAGUUUCUCAGAAGGUACAAAUUUCUAGCCUUCGAUUUUGACGAAAAUGUCGAAAUAUCUGGAGACAACUGCAGACUCCUGUUGAUACGCCUCAAGAUGGAGGGUUGGGCAUUAGGAAGGUCCAAGGUGUUUCUCAAGUAUUACAAUGAAGAGUAUUUAUCCAGGCUCUAUGAGACGCAAGUGAGGAAGAUUGUGAAGAUUCAGAGCAUACUUAGAGGAUUCUUGGUAAAGUGCAAGCUAGCUAAGCAAGUGAAAGAACAGGAACAUGAGUGCAGUAAGUUAUAGUGCACCCUGUAGGAGUUAUUGGCAAAUAGCAAUCAGGUUUAAAUACUUUGGUGCAGUAUUAUAUCUAUUAUAUUGCUUAGAAAAGACUAAAUAAAUAUAUUAAGAGUUCUUAUAGCUUAUUCUUCAUUGAAAAGAAAUUAUAUACGAUGGUGAAGCGUCAUAAGGCAACUGUUCUCAUUGAGCAGGUUAGGCAUAUCUUCAAAUGACAUUUAUUUUUCACUGCUGACGACUUGGAAGCUAUGUAUGUGUAAGAUAGGAGUUGAAUUGGUCAGGUCAAUGAAGAUAUGUUUUUUAGUUGAAACUAUUCAAGAAAGGAGGAGACGGAAAAGUAGCAUUUUGACAGAAGACGAAGCUGCUGGAAUCUUACAAAGAGCAUAUAAAAGAAGAUCAGCUAAGCACACUCAAAGUACACUAGAGCAGCUACAAGAAGCUGACCGUAUUUUUAUUAGACCUUACGCAGCCAAGUGGCAGAAAAACUCCAUAUUUUCAGUUCUCAUGAGAUAUCGAGCUGUUAAACUUCAACAUUUCUUCAAUUUGUCCCAACAGGUUCAUAUUUACAAUCAAGCUGUUUUUCACAAUAUGCAAAAAGUACAAGAAGGUGUGGACGUACGCGCUAUUGAUCCAAGAGCCACUGUUUCACUGUGGCUUGGAGAAGUCAAGACAACUGUUCACAAACUCCAUUUUCGUUUAGAUGAAUUACCAUUUUAUGACACAUCGUUCAUGUGCGAUUCAGGAUCAAACUUAGGGAGUUUUGCUGAAAGAGAGGAACCCUGGGACACUCCGUAUCGCUGGAGGGAGACUCAACUACAAAUAAAAGAGGUGAAUUUCAAUGAGAACAAAGAAAGAGGAAUGUUGUCUAAUACCGAAUAUUGUCGGGAUCCCGAUGAAGCACUACCGUCUCUUCCUGAAAUGGAAGAUGAAACUGAAGGCUCUGAUGAGGUGGAAGACGAAAAACCAGAUAUGGAGAAGCUGGAGAAAGACUGCUUCAAUAAGAAUAUUCGAAACAAUAAGCCUAUACAACCAAAGCCGAGGACUAAGCUAAAGAAGCAAGAGCCAGAAUUUAAAAGCGUCAACGUACAUAAGUCAGAUUAUACACCUACAUACAAAGCCAAAGUUGAUCGUGAAAAUUUCAUCAACAACUCAUCACCAGCCAACAAGGAUUUUGAGUUCAUCAAAGCCACUCCAGUUACUGUGAGACCAAGGUACUCAGUCAACCCUAUCGAAGAACUCAGAAGUUUGGCAAGAAGAGACAGUGAUGCCAAGGAAGAUGACCCUCCCUUCAAUUUUCAAGGCAUGCUCAGGAAAACCAACUUUAGGAGAGAUUCGUUGAAGAAUGCCUUGGAGGGUAGAAGAGACUCUUUGAAGAACGCAUUGGAGGCAGUUAGGAGGUUUUCUUUGCCAAAUGAUGCUGACGAUGAGAAGGGUGAUAGGCAGAAAGGUGAUAAAGGCAUGCGAGCUAAACAGAUUUCUUUUGAGGUUAUGCCUGGGCUGGUUAUGGAAGGAGUAGAGGUUGAUCUUUAGAGCUUCAUGAAGAGUUACCAGAGAGAUUUUACGUACUUUAUAAUUAAAAUACGGAAAAAGUCUUAGUAGACUGGAAAAAUUUGUUCCAAAUAGCAAUUAUAUUAUUGCUAGUGGUCUCUAUACUCCCUAGGUCUGCUAAAAAAUAUAUUGUUUUCCUUUAGGUUAGAUUGGAACUUAAGAACACUGAACAUCAUUUUGGUUACACUCUAGCUUAUCCAUGGCGUAGUUUUCAGUUCUAUGUUAUAUAUAACUGCUGUUAUAGGAAUUUUGAAUAAAUGGAUAGCUCAGGUUACGAUCUUAUUCGUUCCCAUCUGGUUCACACAACCUACUGUAUCUCCUACAGAAGGUACAGGGUGCGGCAGCAUACCUUCCUUUUUGAAAAUGCGCGCAAUUCAGUCGGUUGAUGACGUAGCAUAGUGCUAAUGCUCUCGUUCGAGAUACGGUACCGAUACCAUAAAGUUUCAUCCCGAUACGGUUCAGUCGCUAUCAUGAGUUGGGAUAGUGAGGAGUAUGCUUUUGACGUUGAGGCUUACUUUUCGAGUGGAUGUUCUGUGAUCAGGAGCUGGAGUUUCUUGUCCCAUUCGAUCACCUCAAAGCAUUGAGGCAGUGAGAGCUCUAAUGUUGCGUCAACC